CUUGGUUUUAAUAACUAUGUGGAGUCCAUGAGUGAUACUAUUUCUACUGUUUAGCAGCAAUGUGUGAUAUAUGUUGCUCGUAAUAACGAGAAACUCCCACACUUUUGCUUGGGUGGACCCACUGGAUUUGUUUGGGAACUUAUUUAGGAUGCCUUUGUUGCUUGACUCCUCUCAACAUCAUGUAGUGGUAAAUAAUUCUCCGAAAUUCGCAGUUUACAGCAUCCUCCACUCAACAUUGAUUUUGACCUUCGAUGUUUAAGUCAGAUCAUCAAUUUGAAAGUCCGUGAUCAAUCACCCACACCAUUUGGCACAUUACAUUCAGCUACUUGUGAACGAUCCCUAGCUAGCUAAGCAAUCAUCAUGCCAUGAUUUUGGUCCCAAAAUGUAUCUCGUAUUUCAAACAGUCACUCCGGUGUUUUUAUCAUUCUUUGAUCCGAGCAAAACAAAUGCAAUAGGAGUUGGAAGAUAAGAACUUGAGUUUAUGUACAUUGUACUCUGGAUAAACGUCACCAACCUUCUCUGCUAGACUGGUGAGCUUCAUGACCUGCUAUAAAUUACUUCAAAGCUUAUUUACACAUUUGUAAAAAGUACUGUUUUUGUUUGAACUGCUGCCUUCUGUUAAUCUGGAAUUAGAGUUUGCUGUUGAAAUACUUAUUUCAGUAUACCUUAUUUUAAAACUGAUAUUUUAUUGCAGUCGAGUGAAGAUUAAAAAAAGUAAUUUUUUCUUUCCAUUUACUGUAGUAUGCCACCAAAAAAGAAUUCAAAAAGCGAUACAGCAAUAGUGAGAUCAAUGACUGAAAUGCUUAAAGACUAUGAACAUCGAGUUGAGCGUUAUGAAACAACAGUAUGUAAUUCAAUUAGAAAGUGUUUUAAAAAAGCUUUGGAAGAAGAUCGUCCUGUGACAAGAUUUUUAGUUGAUCCACAAGAUCGUCGUAUAGUUGAAUAUUGGGACGAUGACAGACUGAUCGAAGCUCUUAAAGAAGACACCGAUGAAGGUGUAACUAUCAAGAAGAAGAAAGUUAGAAGUAAACCAGUGAAAGAAGACAAACCAUUAGUUAAACUGUUACCGUUAAUUGAAUCUAUACGUGCAAGACGAUAUACACUGAUACAAGAAUUAUUUGUAUGGGACUGUCAUGUUGAAAAUGAUGACAUGGUAGCAUUGAGUGGACUGCUGAUUAAAGGAUGUUAUGCUAUUACGCGUCUUGAACUAAUCGACUGUUUUCUAGAUGCCAAGAGUAUUGGUACACUAGUCGCUAAUACUGCAGUCUCCAAGUCAUUACGUGAAUUAUGCUUAGAUUUUAACGAGAUUGGUGAAAGUGGUUGUCGUGUAAUGUGUAAUGGUUUAGCCAAAAGUCGUUUUCUUGUUCAUCUAAGUUUGUGUUUCUGUGGCCUUACAAAACAGUGCGGUUUAUGGCUUGGAAAUCUAGUCGCAGAAACUGCAAUCAGAGUCGCUGCCUUCCGACAAAUGGAAAUCCUGUGCCCUACAGUAUUUGAUGGAGACAAAUGGAUCAUCAGGUAGGACUUUGAGGCAGUUGUGCAGUUGAGUGGCGUUCAAGAACCGUC